AUGAGCAGGCAACCGCUGCAACUAGUUAUCUUACCGAGAUUAUAAACCCUAUUAAAUUCUAUCCAAUUUUAAAUAAAAUUCUUGUUUUGCUUCUAGGUACAUCUCUUGAUUCUGAAAUAACACCAGAUGAACUUUUACAACAAGAUGUGGAUGCUAAAAAGACUACACAAAUAGCAUCACUAAGGGAAAUAUUAAUAGAGCGUUGUGGUAGUUCUGAAGAGAGACUUUCUUUGGCGACUCUAAAGCUAUUCAAUUCUAUAUUAGAGUCAUUUAAUCAGUUCGGGUUGUACAAUCUGGUAUUCCGCAACCUGGGUGGCACUAUCAUGCACAAUUGUUUUAUAAAAAGUUUACCAUAUUAUGAAAGGCAAUUAUUAUUUAAAAACUCUAAUGAAUUGCUUCAUAGAUUACUUUCACUUAUGCCACAGGAAGAUCACCCAUCAACACCAAUUUCUACAUCACUAGUUGUGGAAAUGGCUGGAAAAUUGAAUGAAGAGUCUGGUUAUGAAGAUUAUUUUUUAGAUGUUCAAAAACAAGUUCAAUUAGUUUUUUCAGCUUGCGAACAUUGGUCUGAUCCUUAUCAUGUACCUUCAUCAUCAUUAUCUUCAGAUAUUAAAAUAAGAAGUAAAUUUUUUGAAGGAACAUUUGUAACGAUGAUAUUUGAACAAUUAGAAAGCUUCCUUGAAAUGCCAUUGGAAAGAAAUUUGGUACUUACAAGUAUAAUAAGCAAAUUAGCUUGUAUACCAGAUAAAAGAAUUGAUUGGUUAUUAUACGGUGAAUUUGGUGAUGAUAAUAUUCAUGCUGAUUUAAAAUUAAAUGAUCGAAAAUGUUUGGUUGAUAUUUUGGAAAAGAUUGCAUCAGACGCGAAAUUAGGAGCAUCAAAAGUUCCUAACUUUCAAACACGUAUUCAGUUAGCCAAACGACGUGGAAUGAGUAAUUCAGCUAAAUCAUCAUUUCACAGAAGUAGUAGAUCCACGGAUUUAAGUAGCGUUUCUAGUAGCACACCAGUAUCACCUAUAAUGAUGACACCUAUUCAUAGUCGUACCCCAUCAAUGUCUUCAAGAAAAUCUAUUGAUAUAACAUCUGUUUAUAGUUUAACGAGUGAGCCCAACUCUGCUUACUAUAAAGAUAAUACUAUAAAUCCAUUUGCAAAAUUUACUAAUUUUGUAAAUGCUUUUAUAGUUUUACAGGAAUUCUGUAAAGAAUUAGCCACCAUUUUAUUUGUUAAAUAUAUGUAUUCUGAUCAUUAUGUUACAAUUAUUGAAGAGGAUGAAGAAAUCCAAGAUGACAACGGUAAUCAGAAUGCUCGCUUUGAUAAUGUUUCACUAAAAAUCGCAAGUAAUGCCAAAAAUAAUAGCGAUAGUGGUAAUGUGAAAAACAAUACAUUAAAAGAUGAUAUUAUAUUAAUGCGAAAUAGUGAAAAUUUUGCAAAACUGAUAGCUUCUGUUGAAAGAUCCCAGGUCUGA